AUGUCCCGCCCCAACUCGGAGUAUGACCUCGAAGACGAUCCCUCGACUUAUCAGGAUGGUGGGACGUAUCCGACCCACUUUGCCCCGUUCUCAAUCUACUCGCAACGGGAGCUGCAGACGCCCCCGCCGGUCGGUUAUCCUCCAUUCCAUUCCUCUCCAUCGGGGACGUUUGGCCCGUCCACUCCCCAGCGGCGCAACGCUCCCGACCCAUCUAUAUACGGUCCGGUCGGCGUCUCUCCGCAUGUGGUGCCCGUCGGUGGGGUUGUCGGUGGGGUGGCUGGGAUGGUAGCCCCGGCACCAAGCCAGAUGGCGCUCCCGGGCCCAUCUAGGCGCCCAGACGGCCGCAUUCCCGCUCCAAAGCUCUUGGUAGACACCAAGGCGCCAUUCGAAAACGUCCCGCUCUCGGCAGUCGGACCGAGCAGCCAUCCAUUAUCGGCAAUGCAAACCCCGCUAUCGACGCUAGGUGGUUGGAGCUCGGGCAUGCCGACGCCACUCGACCGCGCGCCGAGCACGCGCGCCCUCUCACCUGAGAACACGAUUAUGCCCCCUUCACGCUCGGCGAGCCGCGGAGCAGCGUUUACCCCGGUGCCAACGCCCACUACAUACACACCGCAGAGGCCAGCCACUGCAUAUGCGGGGCCCUCGUACUCGCGUCCGUUAGUUACUCGGCAAACGUCACGGAGCGACGACCGGCCCUCGGCGCUGCCAUAUGCUGGAAAUGCGAAGGAGGAGCCUGGUCUCCAGCGCGGCCCGACGAUCAUUCGGCAUGCGGACGCGGGCGCGUUCGAGGACGCAGUACCCGACGAACAAGGGGAAGUCCACCUCCCUCCGGCAUAUGACGAGAUCUACGCGAGGAAUCCAUGA